CCGCAGUUCGCGCCGCGCCACGCGCCACAACGCACCUCUGACAUGUGACGGUACAGCAUGGAAGAUUGUGAUCUCGCCCAAUACCGCGACAUGAUCAUCGAAGGUGACUUACCGCUGGACUUGCGCCCACCACCCAGGCUUUACCUGCCACAUUUCCUACGCGACGAAGCUGCCGAAUAUCCUCAAGACGACACUUAUGUGUCCGUCGACGAGGACACACCAGAAGUGCCACCGCCAUCCAGCGACUCCGACAGAUUCGAAGCCUCCAGCCCGUGCGACACCAAAUCCAGCUCGCCUAAGAAAUCCAAGCAGAAGUCAUCGUCGCAGCUCAUCAAACCGCCUUAUUCUUACAUCGCUUUGAUAACAAUGGCGAUAUUACAAUCUCCACAUAAAAAAUUGACACUGAGCGGGAUAUGCGAGUUCAUUAUGACCAGAUUCCCUUAUUACAGAGAAAAGUUUCCCGCUUGGCAGAAUUCUAUAAGGCACAACUUGAGUUUGAACGACUGCUUUAUUAAAAUACCGAGGGAGCCGGGAAAUCCGGGGAAGGGGAAUUAUUGGACUUUGGAUCCGCUGGCGGAGGACAUGUUUGACAAUGGAAGUUUUCUGAGAAGACGGAAGAGGUAUAAGAGGCCAGCGCCGUCUUUGCAGCACGCCCACGCGGUCGUGGCGAUGCUGGCGAGGGAAGCGUAUGCUCCUCUUCUUCCUUUACCGUGCUAUCUUCCUCCAACACCGUUGUUGUCAUUGCCGCGUCCUCCGCCGGCGGCGCUCCGUCCCGUACCCCUGCCGCCGCGCGUAGCAGAAACAACCGAGCCAAGAAGCAAAAGGUCGCGCAACGGCUUCUCUAUCGAGUCCAUAAUCGGUUCACAGGACAACGCAGUGACGUCAGAACCACGGAGAAGUGCGUUCUCACCACUCCACCAGGCUAAUGGCCCUCCCGACGACUGGAGGUGAAUGUACGCCAGCGGGUGCUUGCCGAGUCUAUCCCCUUUUUGAUCGCCCAGACAGACAGUUCGUGACCUCGCUGAAAUACUGUUGUGCUAAAAGUGUUCUAGUGACAAAGUAAGAUAAUAACAACUGUAUAAAUAUUGAAUAAACUCGACGGGUAUGAAAGCUUCAACCAAAUAUUAAAAUAGUGUUAGUUAUAAUAUUGACCAAGCCAUUGUAAAGUUAUAAAAAUGUUCCGUUCUUGUAGUUAAGGUGGAACCUGUAAGUAUAGUCUGAGUUUUGUUUACGCAUGCCUUAAGUAACAAGUUACCGUUAUUUAUUUCACAGUUUUAUCAAUUUGUAUUUAUGAGUUUCGCGUCCGUAUUUGAUAAAGAACAUAUAAUUCCAUCAAUAGGUAUUACAUAGGUAUAAAUUAAAAAGACGCUGCUUUUUAUUAAAAUGACAGAUAUCAAUAUAUGUUUUCAUUCGAUUUUGUUUGUUUAAGUGACUGUUAUUUUAUCCUCCCGGAUAGCGAAAGAUGCAAUUACGAAUACCGUCUGAAACCUGAACUAACUGGAUUAUUCUCUACUAUACUAUUAAGAUUUAAACAUCUAGCAGUUAAAUGCUUAAAAAAUAAAUAUAUAAUACACUGUUAUUUUAUUAAAAAGAAGCGAUAGGAAAAGGUCUAGUCAUUUUAUGUACAAAGUAGUUAUAAAACUUGUAUUUUAAAUCAUGUAAAUAUAUUUUUUAUUAAGUAGCCAUUAUAGGUAUGCAAUAAUUUAUGGCGUAGAAAAUUGUAAACCUAAGAGAAAACCUUGUACCAUCUUUUUUGCUGAAACAUCAUUUAUUUAAGUACCUAAUUGCAUGAUAUCUCAAAAGAUCUGAUGAUUUUGUACUGGUAAAUAAAAUAAUUGCGAACAAAAGUAUAAUGCAAAAUAAAAUAAAAACUGGUAUAUUUUUGUGUAAUAAUAAAUAAUUUUUAAGCCGUACAAUUAAACAUGAAGA